AUGUUGCCGAAUGUCUUCAAUAGAUAUCAUGUUCUCAUCACAAUUGGAUUUUGCAAGAAAAGACGCAUUUUUCAAACUGCCAAUCACAAAAACAGUGAAAUCCCACUGACGUUUAUUAGCAAAAGUCUCAACUGUAUGUCAUUAACUUCCCAUAAGUAUACUCUGCAAAAUAAUCAGCACAAGGCAUUUGAGAAACAACAGCUCAUUAGAGCUCAUUUAAAUCUGAUUGUAACUGUCAUGUUAUUAGACAUCCAAAAGGAAGGAAGGAGUUACAUUACUAUGGGGAAAAGAAAGAUCACGAAUCGUAAAAAGAGUAAUGAAAAUAAUUAUCGGACAUUGCGCGAUUGGAAAACAAUUAAAAAGCUCAUUUCCAUUAGCAUGUCUGACUUUUGCAUGGGCUUCGAGAAACUUAAUUCCUAG